AUGAAUGCUCCCAAGGAGCCUAAAGUAAAACCACCGGCUAUUGACGCCUAUGAUGGCACGUCUGAUCCUGAUGUACACCUCUUGGCCUAUCGGCAUCAUAUGUAUGUCCAGGGAACUACUGAUGCAACUUGGUGCAAAUACUUCCCGUCCACUCUGAAAGGGGUUGCCUCCAAAUGGUUCGAGAAGUUGCCUGCGGGAACGAUCAACACAUAUGUCGAAUUGGAGAUGUUAUUUUCAGCAAGAUUUAUGGCUUACAAAGAAGAGAAAAAGACGAGCAUGCAUUUGGGUCGAAUACAGCAAGGAAAAGAUGAAUCUUUGCGAAGCUAUGUUCGACGUUUCAAUUUGGAAUCAGGAAAGAUUCCAGACCUACCUGACGGGGUGGCGUUUGAUAAUUUCUUUAGGGGACUUAAGAAGGGGUCCUUUAAGUUCGAUUUGGUGAAGAAAAGUGUGAGAACUAUGGCCGACGCUCUGGAUGAGGCCGAGUCCUUUAUUCAUGCCACCGAAAUCUGCUCCGUCCCCAAAGAGUCUAAGGGAACGGAGGCCACAGAUCAUCCUCAGUGCAAGGAUAAGUCAGACAAAAAGACCAGCCGUCCGAAUGGGACAUGGGCCAUUGAAAAGAAAGGAUAUCAGGCAGACCGCUCCCAAGGACAGAAGAGAGGACGACCCUAUGACAAAGAAAGGUUCGAGUACAACACUGACCUGUAUACGAUACUGCUAGAUGUCAGUGAUAGGUAUGAGAUUGAUCGACCGUUCCCCAUGAAGUCGCAGGUGGAAACUCGGGACAGCUCGCUUUACUGUAAGUUCGUGAUGCGGGACAUGAAACAAAAGGUUGCAAGUCCCUACGAAGGGCUCUUGAUGGAUUAG